CCCUCCCCCUAAGAAGCCAACGUGGACCAGGGCAGCCUCGCUCCACUGCUUCCCCCCAGCCUAAGAGUCACCCAUAUCUCCAAGCCCUCUGUUCCAGCUUCCUGUCACCUAGGUGCCAGUGGCUGAAGGGGUGACCCUGCUGGUUCUGCUGGAUGGAAGAGGAAGUGGACAGCAUCAAGUGGAUGAGUAUACCUCCUGCCCCCCAACCCCCGGUCCUCAGUGUGCAUAUCGUGAUCCCUCUCACUCUCUGGCACUGUACCUUUUUAUUAAUACUCCCCGGGGGGCAAGGCUAUGUUUAUUACACAUGGGCCGCCCGCCUAUAUGUCCGGCGGGCAGCCGCUCUUGCGUGCGCUCCGAUGAGUGCUCCAUCCCUAAUGCUGAAAAUAGGGUCUGCUGCGGGCGUCAGCGACUCCGGCCCCGGUCCUACUUCUUCCGGCAGCCGACCGUCAUACUCAGCGGUCAGCCGCGGCUCAAAUUUAGGCCCCAGCUUCACAGCCGGACAGGCCGCAUGCGGUACUUCCUUCUGAGAGGGAAGCGCGGGGCUUCGCUUGGUUGAUAAGUCCACUUAGGAGCAGGUCGUCACAGAAGCAGACCAGAGCAGGAUGUCAUUCCUCCUCUGACGUCUCUGCUUCUCCACCCCCCCUUGAGUCACGCUCGGACAUAUCCUCCAUUCCUGGGGAAGUCCUGUCCGAAGGGGAGAUCUGACAUGGAUUCGGAACAAUCUUCUAAGAUUGCUUCCAUGGUAGAUAGCCUAGUAAUGGCAGUACGGGACACUUUCCAGGUGCAAGACGACCCUCCCCCCACUAGCCAGGGAGUGUCCCUUCUCCGCUCCAGGCAAACUCCAAAAGUGUUUCCCUUGCAUGACGACUUUUCUGUUGUCAUUGCCAAGGACUAGGACCACCCAGACGGUCGCUUUGCCCUGUCUAAGCGACUGGAUUUACUAUAUCCCUUCCCGGCUGAGUCCGUGACUAAGGCUUCCCCUCCCAAGGUGGAUCCUCCGGUUGCACGUCUAGCCAAAAACACUGCCAUUCCUGUAGCCGACUGCUCCUCCCUCCAGGAUCCAGUAGACCGUCUGCGUCCCAUUUUCGCCUCCACUUGGGUAGCUAAGAUGGUCUCUGAAUGGGCUCUCAGUUUGCAUCAGGGUCUGGCGAUGGACCUCCCCCUAGUGGAGCUCCAGUCCCAAGCUCUGCAGAUUGCUCAGGCAGGGAAGUACCUUUUGUGAGGCUUCCGGUUUCUCCGGGUUCAACACUUCCGGAUGGAGUCCCUUUGAUCCGUCCUCGCUUCACUGGACCAGGGAGAAUUCCUUUCCUCCAUAGACAUUCAGGACGUGUACCUACACGUCCCCAUCGCCCCGGCACACCAGCGCUUUCUCCGUUUCGCUUUAGGGCCCCAUCACUUCUAGUUUGUCGGCCUCCACUUUGGGCUGGCAACAGCACAGCGAGUCUUCACGAAGGUCCUCACUCCCCUACUUGCCCUGCUUCGUUCCAGGGGCAUCACCUUGAUUCCCUACCUGGACGACAUUCUGGUGAAGGCGGCAACCUUGGCUCAGAACGAGGCCAUGAUCCGCCUCCCUGUGGACAAACAGCUGGCACUCCAACGGUCAGUUCGUCUGCUUCUUCAUCGCAAACGCCCAUCUAUCUGUUGCUGUAUGCAAGUCUUGGGAGCUAUGGUCGCUUCCUUCGAGGCUAUUCCAUUUGCACAAUUUCGAUCCCGUCCGCUCCAACUGGCGAUCCUGGCUUGUUGGGACAAAUCUCCAGAGUCCCUGGACCGUCACAUUGUUCUGCCCACACGGGUGCAUCUAGCUCUCAGGUGGUGGCUCCGGACCCCGACUUUGCAGUCGGGGAAGUCUUUUCUCCCGGUCUUGUGGACGAUCAUUACCACCGAUGCCAGCCUUCAAGGAUGGGGAGGAGUCUUCCCUCCCAGGAUGGUCCAGGUCUCAAUCGGAGUCCAAACUGCCAAUCAACAUCUUGGAACUCCAGGCCAUUCGUCUCUAUUGGGCCCCUCUCCUGAGGGGCCAGCCAAUAUGGAUUCAAUCAGACAAUGCCACGGCUGUGGCUUAUAUCAACCACCAGGGGGGUACCCGCAGCUCUGCGUUGAUGAGGGAGUCGGCAAAAAUCCUGAGGAGGGCGGAGUUACAUGUCCCAGCUCUUUCAGCACUGUUCAUUCCGGGAGUGGAGAACUGGGCGGCGGAUUUCCUCAGCCGGACGACUCGACCCGGGAGAAUGGUCCCUGCCCCGGAGGUGUUCGAACAGAUCUGUCUCCGGUGGGGUCAUCCAGAGGUGGACUUGAUGGCGUCCAGCUUCAACCACAAACUUCCCACCGUCUUCUCUCGCACAAGAGAUCCCAAGGCGUGCGCCGCAGACGCUCUGGUAGCGCCGUGGGACGGGUUUUCUCUAGCGUAUGUGUUCCCGCCUCUCCCUCUCCUGCCUCGUGUUCUACGCAGGAUCAGGACGGAGGGCGUCCAGGUGAUCCUAAUCGCCCUGGACUGGCUCCGUCGGGCGUGGUACUCCGACGUCCUCCUCCUCCUAGAGGACGCACCGUGGCCCCUUCCACUCAGGGCCGAUCUGCUCUCUCAGGGACCUGCAUGCCUUCCACCAGCAUUUAGAGUCGCUACGUUUUGACGGCGUGGCUGUUGAAACCACCAUUUUAAAACAGCGAGGUUUCCCUGAUAGGGUUAUUCACACCAUGAUCAGAGCCAGGAAACCAGCCUCUUCCAAAAUUUACUACAGGACUUGGAGGUCCUAUCUAGGCUUCUGUGUGAAGCGUAAUCUCC